GGUGCCAGAGUGGCAGACGUGUGCACGUGGCAAAUUCGAUACGACUUAUUUGUGAAUAAUAUUUACAACGAAUCGCGGUUGACUAACGCCACGCGUAAAAUUUCAUGAUGAAGCGACGUAUGAUCUUGUGUGUUCUCGUUAUUUGUGGUAUUUCGAAAACUCUUGCGAAAAUUUGUCAAAAGCCAGAGGUUGUCGCGAGCGCAUAUGUCACGGAAGACGCAACGAUUCUAACGAACGUUGCUUUCACAACGCAAUUUCUGCUCAAGUGCAGCAACGGAGUAAAGGGUAUUACACUUUACGCAGAAGUCGAUGGCAAAUCAUUACCAGCUGCCAGGUUGAGUUCAGAUAACAAGUACCAGGUUUCAUGGACGGAAGAUGCGAAAAAAGCUCGAUCCGGGGAUUACAACAUAAAAUUGUUCGAUGAAGAAAGAUAUUCGGCUAUACGUAAGGCAGUACGGAACGGAGAAGAUCCGAGCAGCGUGAAACCAUUGGCUGUAGUAGUACUUAACAAUCCUGGAGUGUACCUUGGACCUUGGGUCAAUUCGGAACUCCUCGCUGUUCUUUUAGCCACUUUAAUCGCGUAUUCCGCUUUCUCCACCAAAUUUAAACUCCUCGCUUGAAUACUCUUUAGGAACAAAUUAAUAAACAAAAAAUAACUUUUAUAAUUUGUCAACGUGUGUACAGCAAUGUGUA